AUCACCUCCCCCCUCUGCCCCGCCGCCCUGUUGACAGACAGGUCCUCUCGACCAAUCGGCAGGCGGGACGGCCUGUGGCGGCGGCCAAUGAGCGAGCGCGGGCGGGGAGGAGGGAAGGAGGGGGCGGUGGGAGGAGGAAGAUGGCGGCGGCGGCAGGCCGGUGGCGGGCCCGGUUGGUGCUGCUGGUAGCGGUGGCGCUGGGCGGGUUGCGGGCCGAGCAGACGGAGGAGCACCUCAAACGGGAGCAUUCGCUCUCCAAACCCUACCAGGGUGUGGGCUCGGCCAGCUCGGGGCUGUGGGACCUGCAGGGCAACGCCAUGGUCAUGACCCAGUACAUUCGGCUCACCCCCCCAGUUUCACCUCCUGGCUCCUUUCCCUCGCAGCCCUGUUACCUGCGGGACUGGGAGAUGCAGGUGCAUUUUAAAAUCCACGGGCAAGGCAAGAAAAACCUCAACGGGGACGGCUUUGCCAUCUGGUACACCAAGGACCGCAUGCAGCCAGGACCUGUCUUUGGAAGCAAGGAUAACUUUCUGGGCUUGGGAGUGUUUGUGGACACCUACCCCAACGAGGAGAAGCAGCAGGAGGCUCAGAAGAGGAGGUACAGCCCGGGAAACCAGCGUGUUUUCCCCUACAUCUCGGCCAUGGUCAACAACGGUUCCCUCACCUACGACCACGACCGGGACGGGAGGCCCACGGAGCUGGGGGGCUGCACGGCCAUGGUGCGCAACCUCAACCAUGACACCUUCCUGGUCAUCCGCUACGUCAAGAGGAGGCUGACGGUGUUGAUCGAUAUCGACGGCAAACACGAGUGGAGGGACUGCAUUGACGUGCCAGGCGUGCGCUUGCCCCGCGGGUACUACUUUGGGACCUCUUCUGUCGCCGGGGACCUCUCGGACAACCAUGACAUCAUUUCUCUGAAGCUUUACCAGCUGACGGUGGAGCGGACGCCGGAGGAGGAGAAGCGGGACAGAGAGGUCUAUCUCCCCGUGGUGGACAACCUGAAGCUGCCGGGAAUGGAGGCGCCGCUGGAGCCCAUGAGCGGCCUGGCUCUCUUCUUAAUCGUCUUCUUCUCCCUCGUUGCCCUCGUUUUCGCCAUCGUCAUCGGAGUCAUCAUCUACAACAAGUGGCAGGAGCAGAGCAGGAAACACUUCUAUUGACUGGGGAACCCCCCUGCCCUUGACCCGGGGUGGCCCAGUGCUAGUCCUUACUAGCCACGGCCCGACUCCCACCCAUCCCAGACUGGCCAGAGCUCUUGGGGGCUCUCGGUGAUGGACUGACCCUCACGGCAGGGACCCUGGUGUUCCCCUGAAAUCCCCAGUUGGGGGGGGAAUGGCUGCAGUUUCUUACUGGGCUCCACAACUCCCAGUUGGGACCCCCCCAGCGUGGGGUGGGACGGACGGACGGGGAGCCCGGUGCCGCGGGGACGGAUGGACGGACCAGAAGGAGCUUUGCUUUGUGAGUCCUUCAGGAGGAGAAGGUGGCCGUGCCGUGGGGUGCAGGUGACACUGAGCCAUCUCCCUGCCCCCCCGGGCAACCCCAGCACCGGCAGGAUUUGCCACGGGGGCUGUGAAAUCCCAGUGGAGAAGGGACCUUGCUGACCCCCCCCUGCUCUCCUCACCGGACUCCACAGCGGUACCGUUUUACCCUCACAACCCCUUGUCUCCAGCAGUUUCAUUUCCAGGAGGGAUUUUCCAAGCUUUCCAUCACCUGGUUUUGGAGACGGGAUGGUUUUUCUCUGGAAUUUGAAUUUCCAUCCCCCGAGCUUCAGUGUUUUGGGGCAGAGGAUGCUCGUGAUUUUUUUUGGUGGUUUUUUUUUUCUUUUUUUUCCCCCAGCGGUGAGGCAGGUUGAGCCCUGCCUGCCUUGCCGGGCUCCCCAAAGCUUUGGGGACCAUCCUGUCCCCUUGGUGGGGGGGGACACCCCCCUCCUCAAUUCGGGGUGUCGUGCUGCCUUCCCCCAUUCCAACAACAACUUGCUGCUGCCUUUUGGGGUCCAGCCCCUCUCCCCACUCCCCUAGGGCUGAGCAUGCCCCCCCUGUCCUGCCCCCCUGCCCUUUGCAUGUCGUGUCGUGGCUUCUGGCAAUUUGUGGGUGUCCCCCCCUG